GACAGCAGGCUGUUGAGAGACGAGGGCUGCGAGUUGCCUGACUCCGCUGAAACGAGCGCGCAGUUACAAAAAAAAAAUGUUAUUGGGGGACGGUGGCCGCCUCGUUUGACCACGCGGAUAUAAAUUACAAUCCGAGGCGCCGGACGCGAAGAGGCGAGCAUUCGGGAGUUUAGCAGCAACGAGGUGCUAUGUAGCGUGAUAAAUUCGAGUUAAGCGACGCGAAAGGCCUCCACGACGCAGAAUAAUGCAUGAAUCCGGGCAUUCCUUAGGUGCUAUAGAUACAGGACGACACGCAUGACGUACGGAUGGCGUAUCGCGCGAUUUUCGCUCUUCAUGACACCAAGUCCAACAAGGAUACGGGUAAUCAUGCGCGUGCAGAGGUAUCUGAACUUCGUCGUUCUGCGGAUAAAAGGCCGUAAUGCCAGGGAUCCGCCCGCGAGAAAGCUGGACCAAGAGCCCGCCAUAGACUCGAUAGACUCGACCGUUCGGUGACUGUCCCAGGAACUCGAGAAACAUUGGGUCGCUUGGCGGCGGUCUUGUGCUGUAGUGUCCCCUUUCAUGGCUCUUGCACAAUCGUUCGACUCGCUCGCAAACCCCGAGGCGGCUAUGCGACUGUCAUCUUAUUCCUCGGCGAACAGCUAUGCGCGCGAUCUUGCCAUGGAAUGUCCAUCAAAUUUCAAAAGUCAAUCUCUUCGGCGGCGGCUUUGGCCGGGACCGGACUCCACAGCAGGGAAGUACCUUCUUCCCCAUGUCUGUCGUGAUCAAUGCAAUGACGACGAUGCAGGGAGAAAGUCGCUUUCGCCCCGUCAAUGUAGAGAUAAGCGCAGGACGAAAAGGGGGGAGGCGAAUCCGACGAAUGACUUGGGUGCUUUGUUUCUCCGGAUACAUAUAGAGGAUUUGAGAGCCCGGCUGCCGCCUCGGCCUCACCCUGACACAGAGUGAUGGCGAUUCAAUAGGCGCUGAUGUGCCCCCCCCCCCCCGGAGGCUGACCUUCAGCAUAUCGGUGCGAGGAGCAUCCACUUGGGGGACAUGAGUUCUACAGCAUCCAUGAUACCCUCAAUGUUCGAAGGCCACCUGGGACUACGUAUGCCUCUAUGAGAGCAUGUCGUCAGGCUUCUAGAACAGAUGGCGCAGUCGAGGUGCAGAGACAUAUCACCAAGACGGGCGCAGCGGAGGGUUGCUGAAAGCAAUUGCGCCGUUGGCGUGCUUCUUCGUCAGGCUCGUAUCGCCGCCGACGGCGUCAGCACAGCUAGAGUUUGUUUCCGGCAGAUGGAAUUCAUCAGCGUGACCUUCUUGUGGUGCCUGACCAGCUCCUCCAUCGUCGAGGACGCAGCCGCUGCGUCAGAGACAUCGUAGUGGCGAAGUAGCCGGUUGGGUAGCCGUUCUCGUGGACUGUGAGAGCGAGAUUGCGGGGACACGGAGAAGUGCGUCCUGAUUGAUUUCAUCAGUGCCUGGUAUAUCGCCGAAUCUAUCGACCCGCACGCCCCGGCACGUUUGCUUCCGCGCCUUCUUAGACGCCCGUCGACGCCGGUAAGCUGUACAAAUUGGCGCCCAGCAGCUUAUCUACGCCGUCCACGCCUGAUGGCGCCAUGCUGCGGCUCCAGUUGCUCCGCUUUUGCCACUGUAGGGUGCCUUCGGGUCGCAGCGAUGCUAUAGCACGGAACUUGCCAUCGGCAGCUCGCGCGAUGAAGGGGGUAAGGCAAGGGUCAGGGAUCGCAAAGCUGACAGAUUUCGAAGAGCACAUAGUCCGGCCACAGCGCGAAGCUGGAAAAUAGCAGACCCGUCAGCCUGAUAAGAUGCCGAGUGCUCAGAGCACCUAUAGCGCCCGGACGACCAGUAACACCGGGUUCAAAUUGAAGCCAUUGGCAUGAUCGCAGCGC